UAACUGACAGUUUUAAAAGAUUGAAUCAUGAUGUCUUAUAAGAAAAUUUAAUUUUAUUAUAAAAUUGAAAAUCAGUGCAAUGCCCUCCCGCAGACCUAGCAGUCCCAGCCGCAGUAGUAGUCGCUCCCGCUACUCGCGCGCAGACCAGCAUGCCCCGGCACACCCUCCACAGAUCGUGGUGACGCCGAUGCCUCGCCCCUCAAUGUUCAGGGAUGCUGCUUCGAUAGCGGGAGGCGUCACUCUUGGAACCACCAUGGGUCACCUAGCCGGGGAGGCUAUAUCAAGUGUAUUUACUGGUCGUCGCCGGGAGCAGGUAGUGCACUCACUACCGCAAGAUUACCGACUGGGACAAGAGCCCAACGGUCCCUGUGCGUUUGAAAUAUCCCAGUUCCUGCAGUGUGCGACAAACCAUGAAAACUUGCAGGAAUGUGAAGCAUUUAACGAAGCGCUCAGGGAAUGCAAACGGCGAAAUCGUCUGCCUUGAGUACAGAACAGACAGCGCUAAAUCCUAACGCUGUGGCCUUGAAUCUCAUUUCCUCCAACCAGCCAAUAC